CAGAUCAGAUCAGAAAAAAUAAGUUCAGAUCAGAUCAGCUAAAAUCAGGUGAACUAAACAACCUCUUAGCCCCUCCAUCUUUCCCUUGUGUGACAGGAGUUCGAUUCCUCAUACCCCUCCUCCCCCGUAAAUUACCGUUAAAAAAAAUAAAAUAAAAAACUGUCCAAGGCUCCAAGCUAUUGUUGAAGUUAAUUUUGCCAAAUUUCAAUUCUAAUGAAAUUGAGGACAUGUUUAUAAUGGGGUUUACAAAGUGGGCAAUUUAGUCAUUAUAAGUUUCAAAGCAAAAACCUUGCAACCCCGCUGCACAAGUUCUUUCUCCCCGCUCUCUUUACACACCGAUCAAUUUGAAUCCUUAUUUCAUCACUCAACAUUUCCCCUUUUCUCUCUCUUCCUCGCCGGAAAAUAUCGUCGAUAUCUCUGCAACCUCAUUUCCGGCCACCGCCGCCGCUUCCGCCGCCUUAUUUUCGCUGCAUUCUAGCUUUAUCUUUUUCUCAUCUCCCUCUAUAAACCCUAAUACUCUUAAACCCUAACUCUCUAACGAACCAUUUUUUCGCGGUUAGAGGGUUUAUUGUAAAACUAUAUCUGAAAAUGAGUUCAACAGUGCAUAGAACCCCGAAAUCGGGAAGACAGUCAUUGUUUUUCAAUGAUUUAGCUACACCUGUCUCGUCUAGGAGGGGUAAAUUUUCAACCCCUGGUCAGGCAGCAGCAGUUUCUGCCCUAUGGCGUGAAAAUUUUGCAAGCUCUGAUCUUCCGCCUCCACCAAUGUUUUCUUUAGAAGACCGGUCUGACUUCACACCGGAAUCUGGAAUUAUGGACUAUCCAAUGUCUCCUGAACCUAGGUCAGAUCCUAGAACUCCUGUUCAGACUUCUGGCCGAGAGUUCUCAACACCUCUUAAAAGCAAAUCUGAGGCUAGUACAUCGAUGGCUUUGACAACAAGUCAGCAUAAUCAACAAGGGUCCUCAGGCAUGAAUUGGUGGUCCCCUAGUAAAAGCACUAGUGACCAAGAAGAGAAGGGGAAGGGCUCCCCUGUCGAGGGUGUUGUUCAGCCAGGAGCUUUGAUUACUGUUCCUCCACCAAGGGAAGUAGCGAGGCCUGAGAUGCAAAGGAGUAGUCCUCCAGCUGGAAACCUCAAUGAAGAAGAAUGGGUCACUGUUUACGGAUUCUCUCCCGGUGACACUAAUUUAGUCUUACGGGAGUUCGAAAAGUGUGGUGUGAUAUUAAAGCAUAUUCCAGGACCAAGAAAUGCUAAUUGGAUGCACAUUCUCUAUCAGAAUCGUGCUGAUGCUCGGAAAGCACUUAGCAAGAAUGGAUCACAAAUUAAUGGAGUCCUUAUUGUGGGAGUGAAGCUUGUUGAUACAGCUCAGCGCCAGGCUCUUGAUGAGAGGGCCAACAACCAAGGAUUUAUGCCUCUACCACCUGCAUCAUCAUCUGGUUUGAAUUCUGAGCAAUUCAGAUCGAAUACAGCUCACCCUUACUAUCUUCAAAAUGGUACCAGUACAACCAAACAGUCUGGUGCAAUUGCUUCCCCAGCAAAAUCUGUUGUAUCUAGAGUCAUGGAUUUAAUGUUUGGUGUUUAGAUGUGUCCCCCAAACUCACAGUUGAGCUGUGUUCUCAGGAAAUCGGUGUAGUAGUUUGUAUUCCAGCAGAAUCUUGUUGAGAAUCAAUGUAUGUGCAAUGAGGAGCCCAGAUAACGAGCAAAGAAAAUAUAUUCUUUGUAGCCGCAAAAGGCUGGAUUUUGUACUGUU